UGCACCUGAUACGGUACCCCAUUGACUAUGCCAUCUCUUUGUUUACUUGGAAGGCAACACUGUUCAUGAGUAAUGUACGCUUGCUAGAAAGCUAGAGGGGCUCCAUGCCAAUGCGACGUCCUGACGCUGCAUUUCGUGGGUGUGCCGCUACCGUGGGGAAUUGCUGGACGUUAUUAAGGGGUCCGAUAGACCAAAGACAUUCUUUUAAGUGGAGCGUCAUCGGUGGCCUUCGCAUUAAUGUUAAUGAAGGCUGACACGGCAGGCAGAACUCGUUUCCGAAUGUCGGUCUCUGAAAGAAGCUUGCUUAGAGGGUAUAAUUGGAGCACGCUUGAGGCUCCCUCCACUAUCCCCGAUGGCACAUUCUCCUGAUUCUCAGUUUUCUAACGCUCACGAUGGACGUUGGGCGGAUAUAAUGAGAGAUAGCCGGAAUCCUCCUGACGUCCGGCUUCCAAAGAAUACUAUGGAGAACAACCCGCUUUCAGCUGGGGUAGCAAAGGGAGCAACAUUGAAUGGCGUUGAACCCCUUAUUCCAGAGACUCGUGGCAUUCUUGCUCUAGUGAUUGGCAUUAACGAAUACGAAUGCGGAGAGUACGGGAAUCUACAGGCUGCUGUUGCUGAUGCAGACCGAUUUCAGAAUUAUCUUCUCGAAGGUCUACGGACCCCAAAGGAAAACAUCAUCAGCCUCCGCAAUCAGCAGGCGACAAGAAAAGCUAUCGUCGAGGGAUUCAGGAGCCUCAUUCACGAUCCCAGAAUUGUCCAAGGAAUGGCAGCCAUGAUCAUAUACUAUUCGGGUCAUGGCGCGGUGGCUCCCAAGCCAGAUGAAUGGACGGAUUGGCAGACCUACGACAACGAAAUCGAAGUGUUGUGUCCCACAGAUAUUGGGAUCCUGGACGUCAACGAUAAGGUUGUAGAGGGUAUUCCGGAUCGAACGAUUAGCGAGCUUCUACUAGAGUUGGCAACUGCCAAGGGGAAUAAUAUCACACUGAUUCUCGACUGCUGCCAUGCUGCUGGGAUCAAUCGUGGAAUGCAACCCGCCGACAUACCGAACGCGAGGCCGCGUCGGAUCCUUAACCCUCCAAAACUUUCUGCCAGUUGUGACUCUACGACACUCUGUCGUGGAUCUUCUGGAGUGAAGGUCAUGUCAGGAUUUUCAGGUUCGCUUUGGGACUCGCAUGUACUGCUGGCGGCAUGCAAUCGUCGUCAAUCGGCCUGGGAGGUAGAUGGGCACGGAAUCUUUACUCGCGAAUUGCUCAAGAUCAUGGGAAAGAACCCUAUCAAUGAACUGACGUAUAGGUCAUUGAUACAUCGUUUAAUUAUGCCAGCAUUCCAAACACCGCAUCUAGAAGGGAGACAUACCCUUCGACGUCUGUUUGACUCAUGGGAAGAACCGGCAGAUAGUUCCAUGAUUCUCUGCCGCCAUGAGCACGGCGAACCUCACCUUGUGCUACAUGCGGGGCUGCUUCAUGGCGUAACCGUCGGUUCUACGUUUGGGAUCUUUAGAACAGAUCUCUCGGACCUACAGCAUCCACUUGCAACUGUGACCAUCAACAAAGUAGAGACAUUCACUUCCCUCCUCGUGCCUUCGGACCCUACAUUCCUGACCUCCAAUAAGAACCGUCGUGUCUGGUACGCCCGAUUACUCAAAGCUUCCGGCGCCAACUUUAGCGCUUAUUGCAAUGACCCGAACUACCUGACCCGGAUCCUCAGUGAGGAUUGUGAACCUAGGAUUACGGUUCCUGUUAUUGUCGUCCACACCCCAGACGAGGCAGAGCUCUGUUUGACGGUAAGGGACGAAGUCGUCUUUUUUGACAGAGGGAACAGAAUCGACCUCUUCGGUCCGAGCAUCGGGUUUGCCUCACGGUUCCCUCAUGUUUCCCAAGUCAGCGACUAUGCACACGUCCUCAGAAUCAUUAAUCACUUUGCCCACUUUACCGCUCAAUUGACGAUUCAAAGUCCGUUGCCUAUCACCCAAUUCAUUUCAAUCGAAAUGAAUAAACUGGACGGAUGCAGUCUGACUCCUGUCGGCGACAAUUUGCUGUCUGCUAUGGAAGACGAAAAGCCCAUUGAGUUCGUCGUAGACACAUCUCUCUCUCGGGAUCGAUGUCCUCGUUAUGGGUUCACAAUCCGUAACGUAUCCGAUGUUGAUCUAUACGUGUAUCUCUUCUACUUUGACGCUACCAGCUUUGAGAUAGACGCUUGGUACUCCUCGAAAAUGAGCCCCAACAACUUGAAGAAGGAGGAGCAAGGGUCCGUUGACACUAGCCUCCAAAAGCGUUCAACACUUACUCUUGGCUACGGGAACGGUGGCAUGAACCCAUUCACAUUCACUGUACCAGACGGCCAAGAUGUAGACGUCUGCUUCUUCAAGUUGUUUGCAACCGCGAAGCCAGUAGAUCUCGGAAGUAUCUCACAAUCCUCACCGUUCUCGGAUUUGAGGACCAGCCGUGGUGAAUCUCCUGUCCGAUCUCCUCCUCCCGAUCUUACAGAAUCAUGGGCUUCAAUAACGAUACCUGUCAUACAGAGACGCGCCCAACCUAAGGUGUCGAACAUCUCGGAAGCAAACAGGCAUGAGACAAAUAGUACUGAAUCGUCUACUGUUUCUUCUCCAAUUUUAGAUUCCUAUUCACCGCAAGUCUGUGUGACUUCCAUCAAUUCACCCACGUUGCAUCCGUCUCCGGACAAACAUACUCAUAUUCCUCAAUGGCUAACGAACGGUAUGCAAGGACUGAAAGAAACCUUAUCAUCCAAAAAAUUCACCGCUGUACCCCAUAAAGUUGCCGUUCAAUUUUACGCGAAGGUACAUUCUUACCUUCGGUCUUCGCGUAGCCAUCCAACUUGAAGAGGAACAUGGCCAAUGCUACAGGCUCGUUCUACCUAUGUCACACAUAUUAUUGACCAAAAUAUUUAAAGUCUGACAUAUAUUGAAUUUGUGAUUAUCAGCUACAGUAGGUAUCUUACAUUGCGCUCAUUUUGGUUCCGG